ACGGGGAUGAGGACUCGGUUCUGAUCCCAUGAAGGGAUGAAGGAACCGGGACCUCGAGAAACAUCUCCGUCAUGUGGGACGACGCGGGAGGAUGAUCGGACAUCUUCAUCAUCGUCUCCUCAACUUCACUUCAGGAGCUGAAAGAGAGACUCCCUUCAUGAUGAACUCUGCUCUGAUUCUUCUCAUAACAUCGAGCUGCUUCGCCUGGGCUUCAGCUGUCUACGCCUCCGACGGAGGAGAAGGACCCAGGAAGCUGAAGUACCUCAUCGAGCCGCUCGAGCACGCCGACGUCGUCGCCCGAAGGGGAGAGAACGCCACCCUGCCGUGCAUCCUGAGGAUCAGACCGAGCAACUACCAGGUGAAAUGGACCAAGCUGCAGCAGCAGCACGUGGGCCGGGAGAACAUCAUCAUGAUAUCCGACACGCGCGCCUUCAAGCGCUACGGCCUUCUCGGCCCGCGGGCUUCCCUCCCGAAGGCUCACGCCAUGGACGCCUCCCUGCAGCUCCACGGCCUGGAGCUGGAAGAUGGCGGAACGUAUCGCUGCGAGCUCAUCAACGGCAUCGAGGAUGAGAACGUCGUCAUUGUGUUGAGGAUUGAAGGCGUGGUGUUCCCCUACCAGAGUAAAAACGGCCGCUACAGAUUCACCUUCCGCGAGGCGACGGAGGCGUGUGCUGGGCAAGAUGGCGCCUUGGCCUCGUACGACCAGCUGUACAGAGCGUGGACGGAGGGUCUGGACUGGUGCAACGCCGGCUGGCUCCGGGACGGGAGCGUCCAUUACCCCAUCGUUAGCCCUCGGCCCGCCUGCGGAGGGCAGCUGCUCCCCGGCAUUCGCAGUUACGGGACGAAGGAUAAGAGCCGCGAUCGCUUCGACGCCUUCUGCUUCACCUCCCAGACGUCCGGCUCCGUCUCCUACGUCUCGGGGUCUUUCUCCUUCGAGCAGGCGGGAAACGCGUGUCAGCGCCAGGGCGGCGAGUUGGCGUUGGUCGGCCAUCUUUACUCCGCCUGGCGUUUCCAAAGCUACGACCAGUGCGACGGCGGCUGGCUGAGAGACGGCAGCGUGCGGUUUCCCAUCAGCAGCCCCAGAGAGCACUGUGGGGGCGUCCCCGAGGCUGGGGUGCGCUCAUUUGGAUUCCCCAACGAGAUGACACAUCUGUACGGCGCCUAUUGCUAUAGGACGCUUGUAGUUUGUCCUGGUUGUCAAAAUAAAUUGUCUGGUCAGACAGGAAACAGGUAUUUUUAUGUUGUAAGCAACAAACCACUUUGACUAAUAGAAUAAAUAAUUAAAGUAAAGGUGUAAAACGUGCCACAAUCAUCACUCCUGCACUAACAACGUGAUGACAUCACAGCAGGUGUUUGUUGAAUCUCUCUGUGUAACACGAGACCCAGAUGCCUCAUGGGAACUCGAUCACAGGCAACGAUAAAACUCUGUAAGUUACUUCAAGGAUGCCCUGGUUUAUCUGUAAAUUAAUUACAUGUAAUUAUAUUUAUUCAAACAGAUGUGUUCACGUGUCAGCGAAUUCAUGUGCCAAUAAAUGAUCUCUGCAUUAGUUAAAGAUC